CGAUAGCAAGCCUUUUUCUUGUCGACAGUCCGCCGGCCAUAAACUUGAACUGACAGAUUCAAAAAAGCUAUUCCUAUCGAUUUACGUUGACCAGCAUACGGAUCCAGUUUGAUCUUUUUUCUCAGAAGAAAAUAUCCAAACAGUUGUACCAGCAAGAUGAGUUCUUUGACGAUAGCAUCUCCUGUGGGAGAAAGUGACACCCAGAAAGGAGAUAAGGUCAGCGAUAGUGUCACGACUCCAACCGCAUCCCCCGCAUCUUCGAUCCGAACAACUGCUGAAUCACAAGAAUCCCCCAACUACAGGAACGUGGAAGAUGUUAGUUCUUCUGCAGCAGAGGACGCAGCGGCAGAUGUCAGUGCUUCUGCAGCAGGGAGUUCAACACCAGCAGGGGCUUCAACGAUGCUCCGAUUUGAAGACGCUGCGAACCGCUUGAGCUAUGCUGGGUGGGAGAGUGUCGAAGCUUCCCGCCCAUUGGAAGAUUGGAUCACGCUGGCGAGCACUCUCCCCUUUGAAUACGGUGCGCUCGGGGUGGUCAACGACGAGUGCGGUUGGACUCUUGGAUGCACCACUGGUGUCACUGGUGGAGGAGAGGUUUAUGUCUACGUCCUCUCGAAGCUGGACGCUAGUGAUAACCGGCAUGUUCUGCUGCAGUGUGUGAAAGUACCGAAGACCACGACCGCGGUAAGUAGUACAGGUCUAGCAGCAGGAGCAGGAGAGACGUCUCAAGAACAGGGAUCGAUACCUGCGACGUUUUCAGACAAUGUUUCCCCGGCUCUUACUCUCGAUUUGCUUUUGAAGGUAUUGCUUGGCGCGAUGCUAGAUCCGUGGCACAGCACUAAUAGUUCCACCGGACCGCGUAGACCCUCAGAGCUGACUCUUGAAUUUCAUCAAGACCACAGUGCAGCUAAGAAGUCUUGUUUCCGCCGGCCGUCGGAGUCGGUGCUUGCGGACUUCUGCCGUGUCCUAGUUGAGCAACUGAAUUUGCGGAAUGUUAGGCUUGCGUUUGAUUCAGCUUCUUCUGAACAAGGGAGUGUAAAAGCUAGUCUUCGACAUUUGGCUGAAAAAUACAAGGGCGUGGUUGAAGCAACUGACGUCGCCUGUAAACUCUGGAGUGAAAACUUCUUCCGCACGGAGAUGCGGUUACCACUGAUUGGAGACGGAGAUGCUUCUUCACUAUGCUCGUCUGGAAGCAGCAGCAGCUUUGCAGGCAUCGGUUCCUUGUUCCACGCCCUCGUCGAACCAGCACGACGCCGAGCCUUCGCCAACGCGGAGGCGCCGAGAGAAACGUGGGCUUUCCGUCAAUUUUUUCCUUCCAAGCUGCUUCUAAAUGGUGCUCCUAGUGGGACCACUGAGCGAAGACCGGAGACUUUUUUGAAGGAAGAAUGGGCGCGGUUGAACAAGGAUGCCGAAGAGCACGUGAAUGCCGCGGUCAACUACAUCGCUUCGCUUCGUAGUCGCGUGGCGGCUGUUCCGUCAGAGAAGAAGCAGGCGAAAGGGUACGAUCUCGCAGUGAUAAACGCACUUGUCGAGGAAGUGACGAAGAUGCCUCAGCGCGUAGUCCUGAAGACGGAUGGAGGCAUGAACAACACGGAUGGCGCGCAGCAAAGUAGACGACCGGGGCAAGGUGGCUCUUCGCGCAGAGGCGCAGAGAACGCUCGGAGCAAGGCAUUGAAAAAGAUGCUGGGUGCUGUUGAUGCAAAGAAACAAGACUCAAAUGCGAUCGAUAUUUACUGGUCAGUGAGCAUAGACUCGACCACGCGAUUUCGUCCGGCACUCGUAAUCCGCGGCUGUCGUUCGGGAAAGGAAACGGCAAGUCCCGAUGUCCUCACGAAACACCCUGUCCGUCUCUGGUUCAACGGGAAGAAGUUGGAAGAGACCGUGACCACCAACAAAAAUCAAAAUAGCUCAGAAGAAGACGCCAAUUAUAUCGACGCGUCAACGAAUAUGAACUCAAGCGCAACAAAUAACUCAACAGUACAACUAGAGAACAACGAAAAAACAACAUCUUCUGAUGUUGAAGUUCUGUCCUUUCUUCCUUUGGUCUGCAGCGCGAGUCCGCAGUUGCCAGAUGCAGAUGAGGUCUUCGAGUCUCUCCUGCAGACAAUGCGAGUAGUCGGGUAUCGUCCUGCGGGCGUCUUCCUUGGUCUUCCGUCGAUCUGCGGAUUGGAGCGACGACAUGAAUACGAAGCGCGACUCGGGCGCGUCAGUGUCGCGGUACACACAGCCGGAAAGUGCUAUUUGGAAAAUGUCACUCGCACUCUCGCCAAGACUUCUACAGGAGCAUCGUCAAUGAAAGACGAGGACGAGGCGACGGCGAAUAAGGAAAUCAUGUUGGCCGAAUAUCGGAAAGCUCCGCGAAUGGAACCGAGUUCACUGUUAUUUCACAUGCUCGGAUUGAUCGAUAAAGAGAUGGCGGAAGGCGUCCCACUCGAAAAGAAACGUGAAACUAUAGCGAAGCUCGCAGAAGAAAUCUAUAGCCAGUGAAGAUUCGCAAGAACAACACCCGGGUAGAUAUUGAGACACACUGAUUUAGGUCAGCACUGUAACGUAAGGAAGCCUCUAGGAAUCCACUGAGGCUGAACUUCGGACUGUUGCUCUUUCCGUCUUCAGACAACUUGAGAAGCAAGGAGCCGCCUCAUCUUUAUGGUUUGUCGUACUUGCUAUUUCAAUGACCUGACCAUUAUAAGUGCUUUUUCGGUACUAGGAGGAGGCGUUCUCUUUAAAUCUCUGCUGGUCUUUAAGGUAAUGAGAAAUGUUAAUGGUUGACGAUGACGAUGAUCAAUACGUGUUAAAAACUAGGAUCCAUCCCCGCACGAUUUUCUUUCCUAGUGCCUGAAAUACCCAACAAUUUGAUCAUCACUGUGGCGUAAGAAUGAAAAUGCUACUGUCCUCCUCUGGUCGGAUUACAGCAAAGACGUCGUUCAUGAUAGGAACCACGGUUCACCAUAGGACACUUCUGCGCCAAAGUUGUGCUCUCGAAUGUCCAGAACUGAAUCACAAUCUAUUCCAAGCAUG